GGCGGCAGCCGGGGCGGCACACGGCGGCGAGCGGGGCGGCGGGCAGCGCCAUGCGGGCUGCCGCCUGCCUCCUCUGCCUGGCGCUCUGCGCCCUGCCGGCUGCCCCAGGAGGCUCCGGGCCGGCGGCAGCGGCAGCGGGGCGGCGGGGCGAGCCGCUUCGCGGAGCGGGAGAGCAUCAGGCCCCUGCGGCUGGUCUCCGGCGAGGGCGGCGGCGGGGCGCGGUGGCCGGCGCUGAGCACACGGGUGCGGAGCGAGGCGGCGCGGACACAGUCUACCCACAUUGCUCGAGCCAGCUUCCAGGUUGAUGCUUUUGGAUCAUCUUUCAUCCUAGAUGUGACACUAAACCAUGACCUGCUGUCUUCUGAAUAUCUUGAGAGGCAUAUCGAGCAAGGUGGGAAGACAGUGGAAGUUAAAGGAGGAGAACAUUGCUAUUAUCAGGGAAAAAUUCGAGGAAAUCCUGUAUCAUUUGUUGCCUUGUCAACAUGCCAUGGAUUACAUGGGAUGUUCUAUGAUGGAAAUCAUACUUACCUUAUUGAACCAGAUGAGAACUACACUUCAGAUGAUGACUUCCAUUUCCACUCUGUUUACAAAUCCAAGUUGUUUGAGUUUCCUUCUGAUGACCUACCAUCUGAGUUCUGGCAGAUGAAUGCUACAUCACAGAAUUUUGUUGUAAGGCCAAGACACAAAAGAAGGAAAAGGCAGGUUCGUCAGAUUCCACGUAAAGUUGAAGAAGAAACAAAAUACAUUGAGUUAAUGAUUGUAAAUGAUCAUCUAAUGUGCAAAAAGCACCGCUUGUCAGUCGGCCAUACUAACAGCUAUGCUAAAUCAGUUGUGAACAUGGCAGAUUUAAUAUAUAAAGAACAACUUAACACCAGGAUAGUAUUGGUUGCCAUGGAAACCUGGGCUACUGAUAACAAGUUCACCAUAUCUGAAAAUCCCUUGGUGACCCUACGUGAGUUUAUGAAAUAUAGGAGGGAUUUUAUCAGAGAGAAAUGUGACGCAGUUCACCUUUUUUCGGGGAGUCGAUUUCAGAGCAGUCGAAGUGGUAUAGCCCACACUGGUGGAAUCUGCUCUUUGCUUAAAGGCGGAGGUGUGAAUGAGUUUGGAAAGCCAGACUUGAUGGCAGUUACUCUGGCACAGACCUUGGCCCAAAACAUUGGCAUUUUCUCAGACAGAAGAAAAAUUAUAAGUGGUGAGUGUAAGUGUGAGGACAUGUGGUCUGGAUGCAUAAUGGGAGAUAUGGGGUACUAUCUUCCAAGCAAGUUCUCUGAGUGUGAUAUUGAAGAGUAUCAUGAAUUUUUAAACAAUGGAGGUGGCGCCUGCCUUUUCAAUAAACCAACCAAACUUCUGGAUCCUCCAGAAUGUGGCAAUGGCUUUGUGGAAGAUGGAGAAGAAUGUGACUGUGGGACAAUAGCGGAGUGUGCCAGCGAAGGAGGAGAGUGCUGCAACACUUGCACCCUGACAGCGGGCUCCCAGUGCAGCAACGGGCUUUGCUGUCGGAAGUGCCGGUUUGAACCUAAAGGAGUUUUGUGUCGAGAAGCGGUGAAUGAUUGUGAUAUUGCAGAGAACUGCACAGGAAAUUCUAGUCAGUGUUCUCCUAAUAUUCAUAAAAUGGAUGGAUAUUCGUGUGAUAACAAACAGGGUAUUUGCUUUGGAGGAAGAUGUAAAACCAGGGACCGGCAAUGUAAAUAUAUCUGGGGUGAAAAAGUGACGGCUGCUGACAGGUACUGCUAUGAGAAGCUGAAUAUUGAAGGAACUGAGAAAGGAAACUGUGGAAGAGACAAGGAGUCUUGGAUUCAGUGCAAUAAACAGGAUGUGCUAUGUGGAUACCUUCUGUGCUCCAAUAUAUCCAGUGUGCCCAGACUUGGAGAGCUUGAUGGUGAAAUCACAACAUCAAUCUUGCACUUUGGAAGAGUCUACAAUUGCAGUGGUGGCCACGUGAAGCUUGAUGAGGAGACGGACCUGGGCUAUGUCGAGAACGGGACACCGUGUGGGCCAAACAUGGUGUGCCUUGACCAUCGCUGCCUCCCCACUGAGGCCUUCAACUUCAGCACCUGCCCGGGCACUACAGACAGCCAGAUUUGCUCAGGACAUGGUGUUUGUAGCAAUGAAAUAAAGUGUGUCUGUGACCGAUUCUGGGGAGGAGAUGACUGCAGUUCUCGCAUCAAAGAUGAUCUCUUUUUUGAUAAAGCCAUCAAUAAAGGUGUGGUUAGCACAAAUAUAAUAAUAGGGGCUAUUGCUGGCACCAUUUUAGUGUUGGCUCUCGUUUUAGGAAUAACUGGUUGGGGUUACAAAAACUACAGAAGACAGAGACAAAUACCCCAGGGAGAUUAUGUAAAAAAGCCGGGAGAGGCCGACUCUUUUUAUAGCGACAUGCCUCCUGGAGUCAGCACAAACUCUGCAUCUAGUUCUAAGAAGAGGUCAAAUGGAUUAUCUCAUUCCUGGAGUGAAAGGAUCCCAGACACAAAACAUAUUUCAGACAUUUGUGAAAAUGGGAGGCCUAGGAGUAAUUCUUGGCAAGGUAAUAUAGGAGGAAACAGAAAGAAAGUCAGAGGCAAAAGAUUUAGGCCACGGUCUAAUUCAACUGACCGGGUAACCCAUGCAUCUGAGCCUGGGCUUUCUCUCGCCCACCAAACCCCUGCCCAAGGCAUAAGCUCAGGGGGUUCUGACCACCCCCAAACAGGGAGUCUGGAUCACAGGACACUGUCUCCUGCAAAGUCUCCAUCUUCAUCCACUGGAUCUAUUGCUUCCAGCAGAAAAUACCCUUAUCCGAUGCCACCACUUCCUGAUGAAGAGAAAAAAGCCAACAGGCAAAGUGCCAGGCUAUGGGAGACGUCCAUCUAGCUGCACUGUCUUCCUGGGGUCACAUCAGAACUGUUUACUUUGGAUUUUAUAGAAACUCAGGAUCACUGAGUCAUUGCACAUUCAUCUGCUCUUCAGACAAUUUGAAAGAUCAACAGAGAUGCUCGUGAUCGCAGUGAGAACUUCCUCUCAUCUGGAAGGGAAAAAACAAUCUUUUUUUUUUUCCUUUCUUUUUCGUUAACUAGUAUUUUACGGAUUUGAUGAACAACCAAAAUCAUAACAAUUAAUAGAGGAUAAUUAGCCCGGAUGUGACAAGGCUAUGCUGCAUGAUGACAGAUACACUUACCUAGAAUUCCAACUGCAGUUCAUUUGCCAGUCCUGCAUAAGAGAGGUUUUUCUCUGGUUUGUUGCAGUCCCAAGUCAGACCAAAAUGGAACUGGGAAUGUGCCUCCCGGAGAGCCCAGACGAUGUAAACUUGUAAGCUAUAUGCAUGAACCUUGUGUUCUUUACUUUCCACAUGUAAGGGAUAAACAACAUACUGUAGUAGAGAUCAGCAUGCAGGAGUAAGAAAUAUAGGAUUUUUUUUGUGACAGGAUUUCAAACUUUGAAAGGCAACUAUUUGACACAAAUGUCAAACAAACAAGGAUCAUAUCUUUUUUUUUACCUUACAUGUUUAUAAUCUCAGUAUACAGAUUGUAUAUAUGUAAACAUUUGAUAAUGUCAAAAAUAGCUGUUAUACAUAAGUGUAUUUUGCCAAAUGCCUAAAGAAACAGUCAUGACUAACAUCAUCACACUUCAGAUUUUCUAAUAUUAUGAGCAGACAUCUUUGGAAAUACUGAAAGUACAGUACUGUAAAUCUGUGUCUCUCAGAAACUGGUGUUUGACCAAAAUCUGUACUAUUUUUAAGCAUCUUAUACUGUCUUGACAAUCUCAAUUGUACAGUAGACUGCAGAAACCAGUACAGCAGCACUUUGUCUUAAAUCAUCAUAGGAGGAACCAGCCAAAAUCCAUUGUUCAUUGAGAUGACCACUGUAUCCUCUCACAGGUGUAAUCAAGAAUGAUUCAACAGACAACAUAGUCUUUUAAGUCAUGUGCAACCCAAACUUACUGGACAUUUGGGAAUACUUCUAAGUAGUCAGUUCAGGAUGUGGUGAUGUGAAGUCUGUCUGGUGAGAGUUGCUGUGUAUUUUUGAUAGAGCAUUUCAGACACUGUAUUAGAUGACAAGGCAUAGCUUAUGAGAAGCAUAAGGAUUUCACUGCACUAGAUAAUAACAGUGCUGGGCAAGUGGCCAGUUUCAUUGCUGUCUUUUAAUUUUUUUUCAUUACUAGAAUCACCUUUACCAUGCGCUUGAAUACUAUGCUUGCUGCCCUUGAAGACCCCUUGAAAUUUUUUUGGGGCAUUAAACUGAGUACAAGUGAGUUUAGCCUAAAAAGAAUGGGGGGGGGGUGCGGGGGGAAACAAAUGCUUUAGCAUGGAGAUGUUUAUCUCCUGUGUCAGUGGAUGGUUAUAUUUCUAACACCUGAGACUUCUAAAGGUUGUUGUAAAACAAAUAUCUUCCGUUUGGGAAUUUUCAGUUAGUAAAGGAACUGGAAACUGGACCACAUUAAAUCAAUGUAUAAUUCCCUGGCUUUCCAAAAUUGACCAGUUCUUAGCUUUGGGUAGUACCAUUGCAGAAUAAAACACCUGACUCUGUGGUGCAGUUGAAUACCUUGCCCAACAGCUGUAUGAUCAAUUAGAUAUUAUUGUAAUGGGAACAUCUAUGGUGUUUCUGAAUCUUCUACCUCCUUCAUGUAUUUCCUUUAAUAAGUGAACCCAACACUUGCAGCCUUUUAAUAUAUUUUUUUAACUUUUAUGUCUCUCAAUAAAGUUAGAUAUAUGUAAGAUUAAAGUAAGAAAUGUUUAAAGAUGUCAGCAACUGUAAAGUAUGUAAGAUUUUUAGAAGCACUCUAUUUUAUGAUUAGGCUGUAUGUUGGAUUAGGACAAAAUAUUGGCUUUCGUGUUCAAAUGAUUUUCCUUCACAGCUGACAGGUUCUGGUAAGUAUUUUGGAAAAAGACAAAUGUGAGUGCAAGUGGAUGCAGACAGACCAUCUGGAAGGAGCCAGUCACUUGCAAUUGCUUUAGGAAAAGGUUCUGCACUUUUAUGAAAGGUAAAUAUCCAUCAGCACUGAAGAAUAUUUUUGCAAAGAUUUACUUUGAAUGUGGAUAAUUGGAUUAAAGAUAGUUGGUAGCAUGUAGCUCAUGAAAUUAGGGUCUCAGCCAUAGUAACUUGAAAUCAGUAUGUCUUUUAUUGAUUUCACUGGACUUUAAGCGGGACCCUCAAGAAGUUCACCCACAUUAGGACAUUAUGCUAACCCAAUAGCCGCUGCAUUACUCUGUUCUCUGGAAGCUAGUUUUCCCUCACAUAUUCAUAUCUUGUCUUCAAUAACUGGACUGUUUUCAUCAUGUGCCUUUUAUUGUAUUUGUUUGGAUACAAACUGGUGUGUUAAUUUGAAUAAUUCUGUUAGAUUUCUGUGCUUAUCUUAGGUUUACCACUGUUUACUCUUCCCUUUCCAUUUUGCCUUACCAAGGAGCAGGAAGAUUUGGCAGAUAGAACUGGAAAUAACGUACUGGCUCUUUGUGCAAUGUUCAUAGCUUCUUGUUUUGCAAACAAAUGGCUCUCCUGACUGUAUUUUCAGUGUAAUAUGUACUUCCAGCUUCUCUUUUGUUUUGGUAUAAUUUGUUUGUAGCAUAUGAUGAUACAGUUAUGUGUGUAGUGUACCUUUAACAGUCACCUUCAAAUUUGGAAAUAUGUAGUGACUGGAAGUCUAGUUAUGAGUACUAAGUUUAAGUUAAAUAAAUAUUGACUUUCCCUUUGGUCUAGAGUGACAAUACCACAGGACUUGUUUUUUUGCAAAAUUCUCCUGCAGAGAAUUUUGCAUCAAGUUGGUAACUUGGGAGACCUUGUCGUUGCACAAAACGUGAACUGGCAGGGCUGUGUGAGCCUCCCAAGCCAGUGGAGGUUGGGACAGAAGUUGUUUGCUUACAAUCUGUCAUUUCCUACUUCUGAAAUGUAGUGUGUUGGAAAGCUGCCAGAUUAAUAACCUUGAAGAUUGCAAAUAUUUUUAUCUACUAUAGUUAGUUACACUGGCAAUAGCAAUAUAAACUUGCUACAUAAUACCUCAUCCAGAGUGAAGUAGAGUACUUGUCACUAAGAUAGCUCAGUCAUUUUGACUCAUUGAGACUCAUGCUUUUAUUGUUUUAUUUUAAUUUUAAUAAAUGGACAAGUUAUUGCCAGCUACACUGCAGAUGCUUGUCAAAGUGGGGAUGUUAUCAGUUCUUCUCAAAUAGAAAUAAUUGUUCAUAUGAGCAUAGGACCUGCAGGAGGGGUUAUAGCUGGCUUUAUGUAUUUCAGUGUGGGAGAAGAAUCUUGUGUAAUUUAUAAUAAAAUUAGUAUGACUAAUUGAUGGAGACUGGAAAGUGGAGAUCAUAUCCGAAUAAUAAUGCUGCACAAUGAUGCCACAGUCUAACAAGUAAAAAUUUUCCUGCUAAUUUCUGUAUCUGUUGAUUAAAAAUCGUCAGUAAUCUCAGGCAAUAUAUCAGAAAUGGUUGUGACUGAUAAUUUACAUAUAGUUUUGUUAUAUUUAAGUAAGUAGAUUCAAGGAGAUUGUUAAUUUUGUAAGCCUAUCUUUGCUUAACUCGUGAACUUAAGUCACUAUUUGCCAGUUAACUGAUUUGAAGUGUGACUUGACUUUGAAGAUGGCUUCCUCCCAAUGAUUUAAGAGUUCCUGAUUUAUGAGAUGUUGAAUCUGCUAAACUGAUGCGCUCAUGAAAUAAUUUUGAUUGUGCUAAUGAACAAGUGGACCUUUGAGCUGUAUCUUGAAUUAAAAUCAGAAAGAAAUUGUGUCAAUAGCUAGUGUACUGAAAUCCUCUUACUCGAAUCCAUAUUGUUGAUUUGGACUGAUUGGUCUUGUUAACACUUAUAUGACAACUCUUUUCAAAAUCAGAGCAAAGAAUGGGUACAUACACUACUAUAGACAUGUAUAUACUAGAAAUUCUGACCAAAUUUGCAGUAAUUUUAUUAAUGAAUUGGUUAAUGAAUAGGAUAUGAUGUAAUGUGAAAGAAGGAUGAGACUCCAUAAUCCUAAAGGAUAACAAGUUAGCCCUUAGGACUUGCUCUGUCAUUGAAUCCCAUACAUAGCUGUUGUAAGCAAAGUAAUUGCAGUCCAGUGUAAAACUCAUCAAGCUCCUGUUCUCUUCCGUCCCCUUUCCUACUGAAAAGCAUUUUCAUUAUUGAUUUAUCCACUAAUUUCCUCUUGUAUGAGUUGGCUGAGAUCAGAAAGCUGCUAAGUUGGUCACCUUAUUAGGAAGAAAUGCUUUACUGUGAGGGUGGUGGGACACUGGAACAGGUUGCCCAGAGAAGCUGUGGAUGCCCCAUUCCUUGAAUUGUUCAAUGUUAGGUUGAAUGGGGCUCUGAGCAACCUGGUCUAGUGGAAGGUGUCCCUGCCUCUGCCCUGGCCGGAGGGUUUGGAACUAGAUGAUCUUUAAGGUCCCUUUCAGCCCAAAUCAUUCUAUGAUUCUGUGAUUCUUUUGCUCUUGCUACAGUGUAGGUGAUGGCACCUCACGUCUCAUGUGCAAUUUGCACUGGUGUGCUCGUUUUGCCUGGGGUAGAGUUAAUUUUCUUCACAGUUGCUGGUAUGGGGCUCUGGUUUGAAUUUGUGCUGAAAACUGUUGAUAACAUGGGGAAUUUGUUAGUUAUUGCUGAACAGUGCUUGCACAGAGCCAAGGCCUUUUUUGCUCCUCACACUGCCCCAACAGCAAAUGGGCUGCGGGUGCACAAGGAGAUGGUAGGGGACACAGCUGGGACAGUGACCCCACCUGAUCCAAGGAAUAUUCUGUACCAGAUGGCAUCAUGCUCAGCAAUAAACUAAGGGGAAGGUCGGCAGUGAGGAACCACAGCUCAGGGACUGGCUGGGCAUUGGUUUGUUGGUGGUGAGCAAUUCUUUUAAUUUGCAUCACUUGUCUUUCUUGGGUUUUAUUUCUCUCUCAGUUAAUUCCCUUUUCAUUAAUUUUUUUUUACUACUACUACUACUACUACUACUACUACUACUACUACUACUACUACUACUACUAUUUAAUUUCAAUUAUUAAACUGUUCUUAUGACACCCCACUUUUACCUUUCCAGUUCCCUUCCCCCAUCCCACUGGGGGCAGGAGGUGAGUAAGUGGCUGUGUGGGGCUUAGUUACUGGCUGGGGUUAAACCAUGACAACAAAUGUUAAAACCACUUGGUGGCUCAGCCAUCCUAUGUCUUUCUCACCUUCUAGCAUUGUUGAAGUCUAAGCCCCUUUAAUCACCAAGUCUGUGAACCGAAAAGUUGAGCUGUUCCUGUUUCUCUUGCUCCAAGUCUGAAGAUCAUUAAUUUCUUUCUCUAGUUGUUUGCCUCAUUUUUAAAGAACUUGAGCAUUUUGGUCUCUGCUGAAGAUUUUUAUUCCCCAGAAUGGAUUAUCCACCAGACUACUGAGCUCAUGACCUACUCUUUGCAUGGCUUCCAAAUCAUAUGACAUUUAUUUGCAAUAUGAGAUUUGACUUUAAUCACAUUUACUGAAGACAAAUUUAUAUAAUCUGCACACAUAUGUGCAGAUUGUCAUCCCAUGACUACAUGGUGGGGUAAGGUUCCUGUGUGUGCCUAACUAUUAUCCUAAUAGAGCAGGAAAAAAGGAAACAGUGAAACUGAUAGCUGCAAUACAGAUGGGUCUUUCUUAAGUGUGAUUUGAACAGAACAGGAAAGGAGUUAAUAGUUUCUAUCAUCUACACUAAGAAACUCCUUUGACGUGAGUGUUUUCUGAGUCAGCUUAUGAAAACCAUUUCUGGUGCCUCAAGUAUGGAUGCUGAUGUAAACUAAAGCUUUGGAAACAGCAGCUUGUGCAUUCAGCAUGUGGUAUCUUGUCAUUCCACAACCAUUUUCUGCAACUAUUUAGAGAAGGCACUGCAACAGUCAACAUUAAUAUGUUAUCUCAGCCAAGUAACCUAAACAAUCAGUAAAAGUAAGUUCAGAACACAGAAAUGUAAUUUGCUCAUCCUUGAGACUCUGUACCUGGCUUCAAAAUUGGCUCACCUAACCAGGUCUGGCAGUUUUAGUUCUCUAAAAUCUAAUCUAUACCAGUAUCAAAAUCACUUCAGCUAAGCCAGCUUUAAACUGUUUAAAAAGUUGUGCUACUAAAGACAAGCUGCAAUUGCAGUGUAACUCAAAAUGAGAUGAGGAAAAUUUGGGAAAAUAAGCACAAAGCAGUUAAAAAGAAACCUUCUCUAAGGGAGAAGUAUGCUAUCUUUAAUUGCUAAAGUAUAAAAUGUCAAAGGAAGAAACUUCUUUUUAUGUUUAUGUAUUCCUCUGAGUAAAAAAAAAAAGUUUUUGUUAAAAAAAAAAUCAACAUGAGGCCUUAAGACCUAAUAUAUUCUAACUUUAGCAUGGAGAGUCUAUUUUUACAACCAUGUUAGAAAUUCUGUAUAUAGGCCUGAUGACCUUGUAAGUAUAGUGCUGCAAGCAGAUAACCAUGCAAUAUUGUAAGGCUCUGUAUAACAGUAAAUGCUGAUUUAUUUUGAUCAGUGGUACAAGAACUCCUGCUCAUUGCCUGUGUAGACUGCAUAUUUUAUGCUUGGAAAUACAGUCCAGAACAUAUUCAAACUGUGAAUAUAUAACCUGAUUUUUCUUUUCUUAAGGGUAAAAAUAUAUUACAAUAGGUAAUGUUUUAUAUAGAAUACAGUACUUAUUUUUAUCAUUGCAUAAAUGCAAAAUAUUUUUUUCAGAAUAGCAAAGUGUUACAGAAUUUUUAAUCUGCUGGAGAAAACACUAUUUAUGGUAUGACUGGUCCUUUCAGCAAAGCUUUUGGGGUGGUAUACACCAACUGGAUCUGCCAUCUUCAUUUUGUGCUAAUGCUUAACUUGGGCAUUGCUGUAAAAAAAAAAAAAGCUAUUUUUUCACUCAUACUAGCCCUUAUUGAGAGAGGAAAGGAGAAUUGUGUUUCACUACUGUGGCUGGGCUAGUAUUGGCAAAAACAACAAUCUGCGCCAUGUCGUUGUCUUUGCUAGUUAAAAUCCUGUAAAGUCAUAUCUGAGGUAAUAGAAGCAUAAGAUUUUGACAAACACCAAAUCAAAGCAUUGCAAUUUACAACUUUCUAGCUUUGAGUGUGAUAUUUUUGUCAUAAACAUUACAGGCAUUGGGCUGUUGAAUGAAUCUGGCUUUCAUGUAUCUAAACAAAAUGUUUCAUUUUAUAAAAUCAGAUCAUUGUAAUUUGGGGUUCUAAAUUCCUGCUCACUUUUAAUAAUAACAGUGUCACACUAUCCACUUCUAUGAGAGUAUUUAAUACAAAUGCCUGUGGUUUUCAAUGUUACUAACAUAUUGUAACAUCAGUAAAGUGAUUUUCAAUGACAAA